AUGGUGGACCCCUCCGAGGCUGAGGAGCAAACCACCAAGUCUGUCACCCCGCAGCCGGUGGCCUCUGGUGUGGCCCCAGGAGAUCGCCGCUUGCCGGACCAGGCGGAUGGCGCCAUUGCAGAGGAGGAAGGCGAUGCUAUUGGGGAGGAGGAAGGUGACGCCUGCGACUUUCAGACGCCGCCCAGCGGAAGUUCCGAGCCGAGCCCCUGCCACGUGGCAUCCCCUCCGGUCCAGUCGCCCCCACCUCCGGAACCCGAUGGCGAUCCGUCACCCAAGCUGCACCUGGAUUUGUACAACUUCGACUCCCCGGCGGCAGAGGGCAGCCGUUACGUGUUGACGAGCCCGCGCUCGCUGGAAGCUUGCGCCCGCUGUGGUGUCAAACCCGUGGAGCUGCUGUCCCGCCCACUCUCCGACUUUGCCCGCGAGGCACCUGGUCGCUCCAUGCGGGUGGCGACUGGUCUGUUCGAGGUCUACGAGCGGGAGCGUCAUGCCAAGCUGCGCCACUGCAGGGAGGAGCGGGAGCGCAUCAUCAGGGAGGAGAAGCGGCGGGCAAUGCAGGUGGCGGUCAAUACUUGCGCAUCGACAUUGGAGCAACACAAAAUCAUCGCUCAGCCUCCUAAACAAGAGAUCUCCAGCUCUCCUGCCGUUCCGGUUUCAGCUUCAAAACCAGGAACAUCUCUCCAAUCGAAACCGAACAAAUUAAGUUCCUCAGUUCCCAAGCAGUCCUCUGCUCCUCCAGCAGUAGUUCGUAAGUCUUCCAGCGGUAAAUCCUGCAACACGUUCCCCAGACCAACAUCAAAAGCUCCCAUCUUCAUCAGAGCCAAGUCCACUUUGAUGCCAACGGGGUCAAAACCACUGAAUGGCGUUGCAGGAGGUUUGUUUUUGCAGCACAACGGCCACUUCCACCCUAAGAUACGAGCCAAAAGCCACUCCAUGGAGUCCCUGCAAAGGAGGACGGAGCUGGUUUCGUCUGCAUCCAACACCUGCACCUCCUCAGAAUCUGGGGCUUCGUCAUACAGCUGGGAAGGGCCGCGUGACCGUUGGGCCAAAUCUUCCAGCCCUCGCACCAGGACACUGGCCGCGUUCAACUCCCUGAUGGGCCGCAGUCUCAGCCUCGGUGAUCUUAGUCACUCGCCGCAAACCACGCAGAAGGUGGAACGUAUCGUGAAGGAGGUCAAGCGGCGGGGCCUGAACACAGUGUCGGAGCGUGACCGCAAGAUCGCGGCACUGAUGCUGGCUCGAUACCAGGAGGAAGACAUCAUGAGCCAGACCCGCUAUGUGGCCCACCUCCAAUGGGACAGCGAGCGACGGAUGGAGGAGCUUCGGCGGGAGCGGGAUGAACGCGACAAGCGCCGCGCAGUGCAGGAGGGUCAGAGGAUGUGGCAGACGCAGGUGUCCACGCGGCAAGAGAGGCUCAGCCGGGAGGAGCGCCGCUCGGCCACUGUUAAGAUGCGGCAAGUGGAGGAGAGCGAGAAGCAGUGGCGCGAAUUGGCCGAGCGGCAGGAACGCAACCGCCUGCGCAAGCUGCAGCAGGCGGCGCGAGAGGAGAAGCACAAGAAGUCCUUGCAAGAGCAGAACCUCAAGGCUUUGGAGGAGGAACGGGCAGCAGUGUUGGAGCAGGAGCGCCUGCUACUGCGAGAGAAGCUCACCAUGGCCGAACUCAAGCGGCAGGAAAAGGAACACCAGUCCCGGGAGGAGCGGCGGGGCCUGAACAAGGCCGAGCGAAGGCGCCACGCUGCCCUCAUCCAGGAGAUCGCUCGGAGAGAGCGAGAGGAAUGCGAAGAGGCCGAGCGGACCGCGCGGGAGAAGCUCAGCCGCUCCCUGGAGAACUACGAGCACAUCGUGGAGCGAAGGGGCUUGGAGCUGCGAGAGAAGGCCAAGCGUGAGGAGGAGCAGAUCCUGCGAGCCCGCCGCGCCGCCGAGAACCGGGAGCGACAGCAGCAGAAGCAGUUGGAGGCCCGCGCUCGCGAGGCCGACAAGCGGGCCCGGCAGGCGGCGCUGCUGGCUGAGGAGCGCGCCAAGGAGAAGGCCCGGCGUGCAUCGCAGAACCGACGGGAGAAGGAGCGGUUGCAGCGCCUCAACCGCCAACGUGUAGAGGAUGAAGAGCGCCGGCGACGGCGUGAGCUGCUGCAGUCCAUCGAGCGCAAGUUAGAGAAGAGCGAACAGAUCUUCAAGGAGAAGCGUGCCGUGUUGGAGAGCGCUCGCUCGGUGGCACGUGCCUCUUUCCAUGUGCGAGACAAAGUGCGUGAAGAGACCAAUGUCCGCACAUUUGACAAGAUGGCACUGGAGGCUCAACUGAAAGCCGGACUGGAUGACAAAUAA